UUUCUCAUCUAGGAUAUUUGUUCUCAUGCAUAAGACGCCACGCACCGUUACGUUUCCCCGACGAUGAAACGUAACGAAAAACAAAAAAGCAUACGACUGACCACGACCUCAAAAACAAAGACCAUUAAAUUCGAAAACCAAAACAAUCCAAACCAAGUACUGCAUUUAAAAGCGAAAACAAGCGGGGUCCCCCUUCUCAUCGUUAAUCUCAGGAUAAGCAAACUGGAGACUGUUUAAGGCUUCCGCAGGUGUUCUCUCGGCUGUGAAAAAACGCGCAGUGUGGCAGCGCGUUUACGCGCUCUGCACGGGCGCAGAAUCAGGUGCUCUGGUGAGACGUGACGCUUAUGGCUGGCCGUCUGUGCAGCAGCAAGAUACGAUGGACGAGGCGCGCUGGCCGACUUAGGGAUUUACGAGCCACCACCAGGUGGUUUCGAUCAACGGACGAUACUUACCGAGGAAGAACUAAAAGUAGAGCAGCUCUGUGACGUGGAGCGGUAUCAAUCUCUCUACAAAAAUGAUGUGGAGGAGUCCAUGUAUCAUGAAGAGGAGAUAAAGAGGUUGCAUCAGGCAUUGGAUUCCGAAUCUUCGUAUAAUCAAGUGGGAUAUAAUUACAAUGAAGAUGAAAAUGGUCAUAAAGCUUCCGGUGAGGAUUCUCAGAGCCCGAAGCAAUCGGAGGGUUCACAAGAGGAGGAUCAGGCAUUUGUGCCACCACCCGAACUCGAAAUUCCUGAAGGAAUGAUCCUGCCGGAAACGCAGAAACUGAAUGCCAUUAUAGUGAAAACAGCGCUGUUUAUAAGUCAACACGGAAGCCAAUUGGAAAUCCUGAUAAAGACGAAACAGGCAAACAAUCCACAGUUUGCGUUCCUAUCGAUAGAUGAGCCGCUUCAUCAGUAUUACAAACAUGUUCUCGAUGCUAUCAAGAGUGGAAAAUAUAAUCCAGAAAAGCAACCUGAGAAGGAAGAAUCUGAACCUGAGGAAGAGUCCGACGAAGAUGACGAACCGUACCUGCAUCCAAGUCUCGCGUCAUCACUUACCAAGAUCGAAGCGGCACCUAGCAUACCGAGUAUACAAUACAAACCGUCAGCGGAUUGCGCGUACUCCAUGCUCGUAAACAAGAUCACAGGGAAACCACCACCGUCCAAGGCACCACAAGUAUUGGACCCGGCGAUGCAGUCGGUGCCGUCUGCUGGAUACUAUCACCCAAUCCCACCACAGAGUUAUCCUCCGUAUCCUACGCCCAUGCAGUAUUCACAUGGUCCAGUUAUAUAUGGAUCAAAUGGACAAAUACAAUCACCUUCACAACUCGUCAUGCCAGCCAUGCCAAACGAUGCAGCCACAACCGCAUUGCCCAAGGAGACACUAACGCCAUUGGUACCGUACGGGAUACCUGCGCAAAAGCCAUUGAGCAGGCCAUCCUUUAUCGUGCCACCAGCGGAUGUUCAGAUUAUCAUCGACAAAAUGGCAAGUUAUGUGGCGAAGAACGGACGCGAUUUCGAAACAAUCGUCAAGAACAAGGGAGAUCCUAGAUUCAAUUUUUUGGAGUUGUCACAUCAGUACCACGGUUAUUACGCGCACAAAUUGACGGUGUACGAGGGUGCAAUAAAUCCAAAGGUGUUGACAGAGGAACAAUUGCUGCAGAAACAGGAACCGCAGGAGGAGAAACAAAAAAAGUUGGAGGAAUUGCAGAAGAAGCAGCAGCGAAUGGAAGAGGUUCAGAAACGAGUAAAAAUGAUACAGGCGAAGAAGAAAAACUGUGGCGACACAAAGCAAAGCACGGGAUCCGCGAAACAGAUCACUACUGUGUCGUUCUCCAUAAAAAAACCGAAAGACGAGGGGGGCACUGUAAUCGAAAAGAGGAACGCGUUACCUUUGGAGGAAAGCGACGAAGAGAUAGAAAGCGAUAAGAAGGAGAUUAAUUCCAAACCUGGUUCGCCUGAAGAUGGCACAGCCGAUUCGAAUUUUUUGAUUGCUAUUGGAGACAAAGACUCAUCAAAAUUGGAGAAGAAGCCGAAAAGUGAUGACAAAGAAUUGGUGGAUUUAACAGACGAUAUCUUUGAAGAUUGUCAGAAGGAGAUCAGAAAUAAACAGGCUCAGGAGGACAGAAUCAAGGAUAAACUGGCAGCGGCCGCGCGGGAUAAAUUACUUUCCAGAGAACGACAGUUGCAACUCGAGAGGAAAAAGAAAGCUGCUUUAUUUCUUAGCCAUAUCCAGACGCCGGUACUUAAAACCGGUUCUACCACAGUGAAUCCGAAUUCCCGAAAGGACGAUUCAGAUGAGGUACAUUCCGUACCAUCACCAUCCCUCGAGGACAAUAAAGACAAAUCCUCGCAAGAUACGAAGAUGUGCGGUAAUUCACUGAUGGAUCGAUUAAAGAGUGCCGACCUAAGCGGCAAGAGGUCGCGACAACGCUCCAGGAGUCGGAGCGGAAGUCGCACGGACAGGCACAAAAUGCACAAGAAACACAAAAAAAAGAAGAGUUCUCACCGGAGCAGUUACGACAGUUCAAGUUCCUCCCGCUCGCAAAGAUCUAAGAAGAGUAAGAAGUCAACCUCACGGCACAAUUCCCGUUCGCGUAGUCCGUCGCACAGACACGGACACAAUUCACGACGGCGGGAAAGCAACACGAGCUACUCGGAUUCUAGCUCGCCUUAAUGACAUUUCUUCACUUGAUUUAAAUAAUAUCAAGAAAAAUGUAUAUAUACACUUCUGUUAUACUGAUAACAAAUAUUGUAAUCACGUAUUGUGACAGCAACAAAUUUGAUACACUUUUGCCAUCAAGAAAUAAGUGAAGAAUUUACUCUUUAAU